AUGCCCAAUCUGGAAGACACUAAAGGCCGGGAUAUGUUGAAGCACGCCUUUAAAAAGCCCUUUUCAUGGCUGUCAAAGUCAACGGGUUCACAGGAGCCUAAGAGCGCUAAAUCGGCAGAUCAAACUAACGCCAACGAGAGGCCAAGUAUUUCCAAUCAAGGCAUGGCAUCUAGCCAAAGUGCAGCUCCUCCACCGGUUCACCGGGCUUUUGACGACCAGGAAAUUCCUCCUCCUUCAUGGCAGCUUAUUGACCGGCUAGUUAGAGGUGGUGUAUACCUUGAAAUCGAAAACAUCAACUCCCGAGAGAGAGCACGAGUACGCGGACUUGUAGCAGAAAAAAUCGAUAGCGGGAUGUCUGGCACAGAGAUAGGAAGGUUCAUCGUUGCGCAAUUCCGACAAAAUGAUCAAGGGCUCGGCCAUAUCAUCACACAGAUGGCAGACAGACAAUUCUCAUACACAGACAUUGCACUUGCUACCAUGGAGAUCCUUGGUCUGAUAGACUUGAGAGAAGAUCUUCCAGGACUCCCUCGGCAGCCGAUUUUAGGUGGAGAACGUCGUUACUACGCGCGUGAAGUUGCCCAGCAAAACCAGCAAGUUCCGAGCACGGCAGCUCAUGACUUGACAAUAUGCCAAAGGAGAGGAGGAUCUCGACCACAUCUUCCACUACGUACCAACCACGCGAGACUCGCGACUGGGGAAGGAAAACGAAAUAUGACCGCUGCUUCCAUUCGAUCUGUGCAGCCCUCAACCUACGAUGAAGAUCCCCCGCUGCUACGCCCUGCUACUCUCGAACGAAUUAGGCGAGGACAUCCAUGAUUCGAAGCUGGGUUUUGGGUGUACUACGAGCUUCUUGACUUUCUUAUUCUAACCUCAUUGCCCACGUCUUUUCAGUUUAUAUUUUACUUAAUCUCUUAUCUCUUCAUCUUUGGUUUUGCAACUACAAUUUGUCCAGCUUCGAUACCCUUGUGAGAUACCUGCAAGCAUUGUUUACUCUUAAUGAUAAUAGAGCGUCCUACUCUUAUCUACAAUUGUGGGCUCUACUCUAGAUGGACCUUGAUUCUCAAGAGCCUUGCCUUUGUACACUGGUUAGUACAUAAGCUGUGCUUUAACAUGCUUAAUAUAUAG